CCCCCCCUUUUUAUCAACUUUCCCGCUGUUCCCUUCAUACCUUGCCUGGAUCCAUAUCCUUGCCUUUCAUUCUUUCUUACACUCGUUUGAUCGCCUUUUACUUUAUUCAUCUUCUUUUUUCUUCACUUCACAUUUCUCUUCUUUAUUUCUCGUCACUCUCUUCUCUCUGCCGUCUUUUUUUUUCUUGCCAACUCCGCAUUGUGUCUUCUUUCUCCUCCCUGGUUCGUGGUCCUGGUUGAAUGGCUAUAAUAUAUUCAUGACCAGACUGGACUUUGGAAAUUAAAAAGACUUGAGCCGCAAGUUCAUCUCUAGGGAGACCUUUCUCUUCGUUGCCGACGGCCCUCCACUCCUUUUUCUUUUGAAUAGCCGACCUCUGCCCUUCGUCGCCCCUCGAUAGCCGUAUUUAGGAAAAUAUCCGCAACAUCGGCCGUGGAAAAUUCGUCCCCUGAAUGGUGUGCUGAAGGUCGAUCCCUGCCCUCAUACGACCGCUCCAAGUCGAGUGCUCCGUUUGGAAAUCGUUCCCUUGGUUUAUAUCCCCAGGGACGACUUGUAUAUCCCAACGGGACGUUCACCUCGCCAUGCAAAACUCGGAUGCUUCUAGCUUUCCGAACAGCGCGCGUUUCAUCCCCCCUAAAUAUAACAACCUGCACGGCGACACCGGUUUCUCCCACGGCGCCUACCACUCCAAUACCCCUAAUCAGGGUUUCUCGAACCGCAACAACCGCCGCGCUAAUAUCCCUGCUAUAAAUACUGCCGCCGCCGGCCAUUCCGCUGACAUGGCGUCCGGAGCCGGGUUCGACAUGAACUUCACUCCUCUUCUCCCCUCCCAGCUGCUCGUGGGUAGCCCCUUCCAGCCUGGGACCCCCUCGGCCUUUGCCUCGCCGCAAUUCGCCAACUUUGGUGGCUUCCCUCAAGCCAAUGCCAAUGGACACGCCCAGAAUCACCAGGUCCAUCAACUCGGUAGCCCGACCCAAGGAAUGCAGAACCACGGUCUGUACCUGUCGACCGAUGGAUUAGGCGCGUCCCAGCUGAUGGGCGGCCCGCAGUCCCCCAUCAACGCUUUGCACCACGCAAGUCUUGGAAAUGCGGCCCUCGGCAGCCCGGCCGCUUCGGUCGCGCCAGGCUUGCUCUCCGGAACUAGUCGCACCGUCUACUUGGGAAAUAUUCCCGCCGAAACAAGCGCGGAGGAAAUUCUCAACCAUGUGCGCAGUGGUCAAAUCGAGUCUGUCCGUCUACUGCCCGAUAAGAACUGUGCCUUCAUUUCCUUCCUCGACAGCAGCUCCGCGACUCACUUCCACUCUGAUGCCAUCUUGAAGAAGCUGGCCAUCAAGGGGAAUGACAUCAAGGUCGGCUGGGGUAAGCCUUCCCAGGUUCCGACCUCGGUGGCCCUUGCGGUGCAGCAGUCCGGCGCCUCGCGCAAUGUUUACCUGGGCAACCUGCCUGAAGAGACCACGGAGGAAAACCUGCGUGAGGAAUUGAGCAAGUUUGGUCCUAUCGACACCGUGAAGAUUGUCAAGGAAAAGGCAAUUGGAUUUGUGCACUUCCUUUCCAUCAGUAACGCGAUGAAGGCUGUCACCCAGUUGCCCCAGGAGCCUCAAUGGCAGGCUCCUAAGCGCGUUUUCUACGGCAAGGACCGCUGCGCCUACGUUUCAAAGACCCAGCAGCAGAAUGCCGCACAGUUCCUGGGUAUUGCCCCCGGUUACGCACACGUCUUGAACUCGGCAGAUCGCGAUCUGAUCUCGAAUGCGCUCGCUCAGCAGUCGGUUGCUGCGGCCGCCGUGGCUACGACCGCUGGUGGUGUGAACAAUCUCGGUAACCGCACCAUCUACCUCGGAAACAUCCACCCCGAAACUACGAUUGAGGAGAUUUGCAACGUCGUACGCGGCGGUUUACUACACCACAUCCGUUAUAUACCCGACAAGCACAUUUGCUUCGUUACUUUCAUCGAUCCUACCUCAGCCGCCUCCUUUUAUGCUCUGAGCAACCUGCAGGGCCUGAUGAUCCACAACCGCCGUCUGAAGAUCGGUUGGGGCAAACACUCCGGGCCUCUGCCUCCCGCAAUCGCUCUUGCAGUCAGCGGCGGUGCAUCUCGCAACGUCUAUAUCGGUAACCUGGACGAGACUUGGACCGAGGAGCGCCUGCGCCAGGACUUCUCCGAGUACGGAGAGAUUGAGCUGGUGAACACACUGCGCGAGAAGAGCUGUGCAUUCGUCAACUUCACCAACAUCGCCAAUGCUAUCAAGGCUAUCGAGGGCAUGCGUAACCGUGAAGAGUACCGCCGCUUCAAGAUCAACUUUGGCAAGGAUCGCUGCGGUAACCCACCACGCCAGGCUGGCAACCAGGGCAACUCACAGCAGAACCGCAACGGCGGUAUUGAGGGUCCUCAGUCGCCCUCGCCCGCCCUGAACGGCUUCCAGCAGAACCUGAGCCAGAACGGCUCGCAAUCCAGCCCGACACGGCCGGCUCUCUCGCCCGCUCCGGGCUCCACGGGCUCCCAGAAUGGCCAACAGCGCCACCCGCUGCAGAACGUGUCCUCACCCUCUGGUGUGCUGAACGUGGGCUCCAACAACCCACUUACCAUGUACCUCAACCAGAUGUCCGCCCAACAAGCCCAAGAGCAGGAGAACCGCCUCUCCGACCCUAUGGUUCUGGCCGGCCUACAAGCCCAAUCCCAAGCCCCGUCCCAGCAGUCCUUGUAUAAUAGCAACAGCAACGGUGACCUUAACGGCUCCAUGGAUGCACCACUGCACCACGGUCACGCUCACAAACCAUCCGCCAACGGUUACCUCAGUGUCGCUGGCUCUGGUCACCACUCCACCGCUAGCACCAGCAACCUAAGUGUGCCGCGCGCUCAGCACUCCCGCGCCGUCAGCCUGCCCUCCUUCUCACAGGAGCCUUUCGGACCAGUCUCUGGCCAGCCGGGCCACAUCCGCUCCGGUGCACACCAGCCCCAGGCUAGUUUCUCCAGCUUCUCGGGGCUUGGUGGCUUGAAUCACUCUGGUUUCGGUCUAGCGAUUCAAAAUGAAAACUCCCUCCCUGGAUGGGCAGAGGAGGAGAUUGGAGCGAAAUAAACGCCCCAGCCGACGGUCUUAUGUCCUCCCUUCUAUCCCAUCUGUUUGAAGAUGGUAAUUUCAAAUCAUUACAUCUUUGCCAGCCCGUUGGUGAACCUUAAUGGCAUUUCUCUUUCUUUUCAAUUUUCCCCUUCUGUUUACUCUUACUUUUACAACCUUCUUUUUCUACUUCUUUCUUAUUUACAUAUAGUUUAUUCUUUUUCUUGUUCUGAUUGUGACGCCAUCUCUAUCAUCUUUACUAUUGAUCUUUUUUCAUUAUUGUACUGCUCUUAAUCAUUCUUCUUUUUUUACUAUUUCUUAUCCUUUUUUGACUUUCAAAUUCCUUAUCGUCCUGGACUAUGACGUGACUAUUGCCAAUCACUUGUUCCAUGAGGACUCCCUGUUCUCCCGGUCUAUAUGGCUAUUAGGCUUGGCCUAGCCUAAUCUGGCCGCUAUAUACCCAAAAUAUACCUCCCAUACCCCUAUUCCCCUGCUACUUGUCAUCUCGCUACUGCCAUAUAAUCAUCAAAUAUCUUUCGAUCUAUCACCGUGUAUUGCUAGUUGACUAUGAUCUAUUUCCUCCAUUUCUGCAUGUGUAUUUUUCUGGUGUUUGAUUUGAUUUCUCCCAGUCGAGGCUGAAACUAAGACUGGAAUGACUAUCGCCAACCUUUCUUUUCCUGAUUUUCGAAAUCUGGUUUGAACUCUUCUAAUCGAUUCUUACCCUUAGCUUUGUUUUUCUUUGUGGCUUGUUAUGCUAUGUGGAUGGUUGGGCCCUGUCAUCUUGUGAUAAUACCCAUGUAUCGGAUUAGUCUCCCUACGCGGAGGGUGUGGUGGCGGUUGAUUGUUAUUUCGAGUGGGUGGUGGGCGAUUGCUUUCACUUUUUGUAUCUACUUGAGUGGAAAAGAAGUCGUAGGCGAAAUGUACGAGUUGAUGAUGUUGAAUAUUUUGUGUUGGAGCUAUUAAGUAAGAGAAAGCGUAGAAAUAAAA